AUGGCGCCACAGCCAGCAGAUAGCAAGAUCUCGCCCCCUUCGAGCCGACUAUGGUCUCUGUUUAGGGUGUUCGCCCCAACCAUAAUUGCUCUGGCCAGCAUCCGCUGGGGCUCUCAGGGCCUCGUGAUUCUCGAGAGUGUCCUCUCGUCCAGAAAUGGACCGUCAACGGGGCUUCCGGCGGGAACAAUACAGGCACAAAUGGCGACCAAGAGCGCAGAUCUAGCUGUAGUCUCCUCAAUGACCACUAUGGACGCCCUGAGGACCCGGUACGCCGCGUCGUGCCCUGACCACCAAUUCCGCACUAGCAUAUUCAGUAGUGAUCCGGUCAUUAUAUACAUCGAGAACUAUCUCUCGCCGCAGGAAAUCGAGUACCUUCUUCAGGUCGCAACCCCUCUAUAUCAAAAGUCGCCAGUCUCCCAGGGCAAGCGGCUCAAGACGUAUAAUGCCGAGAUCCGUUCGUCCAUGUCAGCAGUCCUUGGUACCAGCGACCCCGUCGUGCGGUGUAUCGAGCAGCGCUCCGUCGACUUCCAGGGCUUCAUGCCACUCCGGCACCUAGAGGACCUCCAGGUGGUUAAGUAUGGCAUUUCUGACCACUUCCGGCCGCACUUUGACUGGUUCGGAGGUGAUGCCAACCCGCGCAUUUCGAGCUUCUUCGUAUAUCUCGCGUGCGACGGCGGCCGGACCGGCGAUGGCGAGAUGUGCAAAGGGGGAGCAACACAAUUUCCGGACUACCGGGGCCGUUUCCCUGCGCGCUGGUGCCGCUUCAUCGACUGCCACGACGAUAGCGGUGUCGGCGGUGUCGCUUUCAGGCCCAUCCCAGGCAACGCCAUCUUCUGGGCUAAUCUCUAUCCUAACGGGACAGGCCACCCGGGUGUCUGGCACGCGGGCAUGCCGGUGCGAGAGGGACGCAAAGUGGGCAUGAACAUUCUGACCAGGCGGGACGUCCUCGACAGUUAG